ACAAUAUUUCAGUUACCUUAACAAUACAGCAAUCCUCUUCAAGAUCAGAAGUCGCAAUGAAGAACUUAAUCGGUGGAAAUGUUCCCAUGAGUUCAGCAGUAUGUUCAUUUGAAAGUCAGUCAAAAAGACUACUAUCCCUAUCUUCUUGCCAAAACCAUAUUCCAUCUGCAACAGCAAAGAUCUUAUCUAAAUCAAAGCAACGAAAAUCUGUGAUUAGUAAGAUGAACAAACUGGGAGAAAGGAUGGAUUGUCUUGCACAAGGCAUCCGUGAGCAUGUGAGCCUAAGCCCAAAGCUAACAGAGACUGUAAAGGGUAAAUUGAGCCUUGGAGCAAAAAUUCUUCAAGUAGGAGGGUUGGAGAAGAUAUUCAAGCAGAAGUUUAGUGUUAGAGAUGAUGAAAAAUUAUUGAAGGUUUCUCAAUGCUAUUUAUCAACUACAACUGGUCCAAUAGCAGGCCUUCUCUACAUCUCUACCGAUAAGAUUGCUUUCUGCAGUGAGAGAUCAAUAAAGCUCUUAUCUCCAACUGGAAAGUUGCUUAGAAUCUACUAUAAGGUGUCGAUCCCAAUAAGUAAGAUAAUGAAAGCAAAAGAAAGUGAAAAUAGGGAAAAACCAUCACAGAAGUAUAUACAAGUAAUUACAGAGGAUGAUUUUGAUUUCUGGUUUAUGGGAUUCCUUAAUCAUCAAAAGACUGAGAGAUGUCUGCAGCAGGCAAUUUCAAGUACUUCAAGCAGCUAAGAAGAUAACUACUUUUUUUCUCAUUUUGAUUUCUAAUACGCCCAUUCAUCAAUGUAAAAUGUUGAUGCAAAACCGAAUGUACAGAUCUUUUCAAACUUGUAAUUAGCUCCAUUGCUCAAAGGAGGCUUUAAGCCUUUGAGCCGUAGCAGUCAACACAAAUGUAUAGACUUAUUGUAAAACUAAGGCAGUCAGAAGGCUAAUUCAUCUUUUGGGACUUGC